AUGAAAUUCCACUGGUCACCCAUCUGGAUUGCUGGUGCGAUCGCAUCGGCUCUACCUUAUGCUUCUUCCCACGAACUGAAACUACCUUAUCUUCCUACUUUGGAGCCCGAAAAUCCAGUCGAAACAUAUCUGUCUAUCAAAUGGGCCAUUCAAAAUGGCUCACUUUAUGCCAACGACGACAAGGUCUUCCCACCAACUAUGUCAAUGCAACUGCAUGCGCCUUUAUAUGAAACCCAUCGCAAUAUUCCUAUUGAACAAGAGGAUAUUAAGGUCUCCUAUUCCAUCAAAGCCCGUCCCAUUCCCGCUGGGGAAAAUGGAUCAAAGAACGAAAUUCUUCGCAUUCGUGUCGACCUCCUCGACCAAGAAGGCCGCCCUGUCACUCCCAAUUCGGUGGCCCUCGAUCUGCUCGAUCACCCUGAUGGUACCCAUCGUAUUACUCGCAUUCGACUAGACUCACCCCGGGGAUCUCGCAGACCGAGACCAUGGCAGAUGAAGUUCUGGCAGUCCCAAGUCAAUACCUUCUUCAACCAAAAAGACAAGCCGGACUUGUCAUCCUCCGAAAAAUCUACAGAGGCUCAAGUCAAGCCAGCCUCUGAAAAAGUGCCCGAAUCUACAUCUACAUCCGCAUCCGCAUCCGCAUCCUCGCCCGAAUCCGAGUCCCAGAACCAAGUUGGGUAUAUCUUCUCUCCCUACUGGUCACCAUCCACCCACAACGCUCCCUCCGAUGGACGUGGCCACCACGGUCACCGUCGUCCCCACGAUUACCACCAAAAGAACUCUUUCAUGCGUCUGAUUCGCCCCGUCAUUCUGCCCGCAAUGCUAGGAGUCGGAGCCGGCCUGGUCGCUUGCCUGGUCGGUUUCUGCGUCGGCCACGUCAUUAUGUCCGUCUCUGUUCGCAUGGGUCUGUGCAAGAAGCGCUGCAAUCGUCGACGAUCCUCCCUCUCUAACCCGUCCUGUCUUGAGGAGGGCUUUCCUUCCGAGAAGGCCCAGCUCAUGGUUCCUGAGAUUCAGCUUUCGCAACCCGACGUAUAA